UCUGUAUCUCAUUCUCUUGAGUUUCUUGAUGUGAACUUAUAGAGUUCUACCCUCGCUGUUGGGAAUCAACUCUGCAAGAAAGUCAGCAUGGGACAGAUGACCAACCUUUACUUCACCCUCCUCUUCGUCUACCUGUGCUGGGGUCAGAGGUCAAGCCCAGACGGCGAGAGGUCCUCCUGCGAUCAGUGUGACCUGCGGCUCACCUGUAACUGCUCCUACAGAGGAUUUACCCAUGUUCCCAUAGUGACAGGCCACGCCCUGACUCUUGAUCUCUCCUUCAACGACAUCACCGUAGUGACCAGUGACGAUCUGACAGGACACAGGAGACUUAGGGUUCUCAGUCUCCACGGUAACGGAGUAGCUACGAUCCAUCCGUCAGCGUUUGACUCUCUGUGGAGUCUGGAGGAGCUCGAUCUGUCCGACAACCAGCUGACCGCUCUCAACGACAAAUGGUUCAGAAGGCUAGAAGCUCUGCAGAAGCUCAACCUGCUCAACAACCCAUAUAGCUGCCUCGGUUCUCGUCCAGUGUUUCGGAGGCUGGUGAGGCUGCGGAGGCUGUCGUUGGGAGGUCCUGCUCUGGAGGAGCUGAAGAGAGGAGACCUAUCUGGAGUCACUGAGUUAGACGAGCUCACUGUGCACGGCAACAACCUGACAAGCUACGAGUCCGGUGCUCUGGGGGAGGUUUGGCCGUUAGGUCGUGUCACUCUGAGCCUCCAUGGUCCGUUUCUAACAAACACAGCCUUAGCCUCGGCUUUGCUUGCGGAUGUUACGUACCCUGAGACGCCUCUUGUUCUGGAAGACCUCCAUCUGAUUGGGAAUGAGUCUGUUCAGCCCUUCAGAGAGUCAGCCAGAAGGAGAGUCAGGAAAAUGGCCUUCAACAACCUUUUGGUGUCCGAUGAGGCCAUCGUUAACUUCCUCGUGGUGUUUGAUGGCGUGCCACUCACAUCCCUCUUCAUGGACGGCGUCACGCUGACAGGCGAGGGCAGGUGGGAAGGAGCCAAACAGACCGAUCUAAAAUGCAUCGACGAAUUCUUCGUAGAAAACGUCGUGGUGCUGAAUAUCUUUAAAUUUGCCUCCCUGCUGCAGCUGGGGUUUAUGCUGAAAUACCCCAGGAAGGUGUCUGUUAUAAACUCUCGGGUGUAUGUGAUGCCCUGUAACACAUCUCACCUGCUAUCGAGCCUGCAGUACCUGGACCUGUCAGACAACCUGCUGACUGACCUGACUCUGGCGGAGACCAUGUGCAACGGGGACGGCACGAUGAAGGACCUCCGCGUUUUAAACGUCAGCGGGAACGCUCUGAAGUCGUUGUUGACGGUGAGCCGGCAGGUAACGAAGCUCUCCAAACUGACCCACCUGGACAUCAGCAGGACCGGAUACAGUUCCAUGCCCGAGGCUUGCUCCUGGCCCUCCACCCUGCGGUACCUCAACAUCUCCAGGGCUAAACUCACAACCAUCACCCCCUGUCUGCCCCAAACUCUGGAGGUGUUGGAUCUGAGCAACAAUGAUCUCAAAGCCAUCCUUCUGAUCAUGCCUGUCCUGAGAGAGCUUCACCUCUCUGGAAACAAGUUACUGAAGCUGCCCCCAGGAUGGCUAUUCCCCAAUCUUCAAACACUGACAAUACAGGCAAACACCUUGAACAGGUUCAACCGUGCAGACCUCCAGUCAUACAGACGACUCCAGGACCUCCGGGCGGGUCAGAACAAAUUUGCAUGCUCCUGUGACUUUGUCUAUUUCCUCCAAUCAGGCAUUAAAGGAGGCAAAGACGUGAAUUUGGCAGAUGGAGAGGAGAGCUACGUCUGUGACUCACCUCUCUACCUGCAGGGGGAACCGGUGGGUCAAGUCCAACUCUCCAUAGUCGUGUGCCAGCGGGUUUUGUUUGUGUCAGUUAGCUGUGGGGUGGCGCUUUUUGUAGGGAUUCUGCUGUGCGUCCUGCUGUGGCGCAUCCAUGCAUUCUGGUACGUCAAAAUGACGUGGGCCUGGCUAAGAGCCAAGCGGAGCUCCAUGCGACGGGGGCGGCGGCGUAGACAUAGAACGGGCUCGGAGGAGCUGCUGUCCUAUGACGCCUUUGUGUCCUACAGUGAGAGAGACGCUAGCUGGGUGGAAAACUUCUUGGUGCCCGAGCUGGAGGAGCCGAGGGAGAACGAUGAAGACUCUGUGGAUCAGAAAACGGUCCGGCCUCUGACCCUGUGUCUCCACAAGCGGGACUUCCUUCCUGGACAUUGGAUUGUGGACAACAUCAUGAGUGCCAUGGAGCGCAGCCGACGGACCGUCUUCGUCCUCUCAGAGAAUUUUGUCCAGUCCGACUGGUGCCGCUAUGAGCUGGACUUCUCCCACUUCCAGCUUUUCGACGGGAAUGCCGGCGGAGACGAGGCCAUCUUGAUCCUUCUGGAGCCGCUGUCCAAGGACGACAUCCCCAGACGCUUCUGCAAACUGCGCAAACUCAUGAGCUCCACCACUUACCUGGAGUGGCCUCGGGAUGAGGAGAGGACUGGGGAGUUCUGGAGGAGUCUACGCAACGCUUUGAGAGGAGAAGACCAGGACGAUGACUGAGAGAGUUGGGAUGUGUUACAAAGUAUGUUAGAAGAGAAGAAAGAACAACAUGUGGACAAGGGGGAGGAGUUUGUCAAAG